AGAGCCGGCAAAUUAUCGAUAGUCGGUUGCCAGCACAAAACGCACAUUAAUUGAAUUCGUUUUAAACAAUAAGGGUUUCAGCAAAAAAAAAGUGGUAAAAUUCCGAAUCAACAGAUAUGGUGAUCGAGAAGGAGCAUCCACUGGACAAUUGCCAGUUGUUUGUUCAGCUGAGGAUGUUAUUUCAGGACAAAAGCGGGCAGAGUGUCAAAUGCCUGAAAAACUUAAUUUACUGGAGCGGAAACGAGGAGCACAUUGCGGAGACUUGCAACUGGGUGAAUGCCUUACUGUUGGAGCACGACCUUGUCAUCCAGAAGCCGCAUGCUAAGCGUCCCGAGGAGCUAGUGACCCUUCCAUCUGUUCCGGAGGCAUUGAACCACCUGCGUGGCUUGCUGGUCUAUCUGAUACUAAAUACGGCCACAGAACAGCAUUCAGAUCAAUCACAGUGGAGCGCCCGGUGCAUCCAUUUGUGCCGUCAACUGCCGGCUAUCCCACAAUUCCUAACUAUAGCGAUUGCCCUAAGAUGCGGGAUGCAACAGCCGCUAGAGGAGUUCCUCGCCUGCGGACCCCGCUGGCUGACCUAUCAGUACUUCGAGUCGCUCAGCGAGACCAUAUCGCACAUUACCAAGGACCGCCUGGAUACUCUGCCUAUGCUGUUUAGUGGUUUAAAGGCAGCCGGACGUUCCAUCGUAUAUCACAAUAUCCCCGAAUCCAACAAGCGGCUAUUACGCUUGAUGGCAAGCAUGCUACAGCGUCAUCUUGUGGACUCCGAGGCUCGCCGUAAGGAACUGCCUGUACCCGCACGCAGAGUUUACCUUGCUCAAGCUAUGCAGCAACUGUUGGAGCUGCUUACGGAGAUUCUCAGCGAUCCCAAUGGCCGCGAAAAGCCCAAGUGCUUUGCCAUCUACAGCCAGAUGAGCGUGGAUAUAAGUGGCAGUUACUCAACUGAUUACAUGUCAGAUCUUCGACUAUUUGCCUUCAUUCUGCUGGAUGCCCUGCAGCGCAUAAUGCAGCUUGUAUCCUUGGACACGUAUAUGCAGUGGCUGGAAUUGCCAUCGGAGCGCGUCCUCUAUAGCUACCAGGAGCUAAUUUGCAGCAAGGCGGCCGAGAUGCUCAAGCUAGUCCAGUCGGAUGAGGAGCUUAGCCAGAAUGCGGUCUGCAAGCAGUUGCAGAACUUUGCAGAGGCAGCGAAAAGCUUUGAACAGCGCCUGGCGGAGUUGACAAUCGGAGACUUGCUGUCUUUUCUCGAUGGUGAUCUUGGUGAAACCACCAAGGAUCAGCGGAUCGCCGGCCUGGCCGAAGUUUUCGGCCGUGUCAUAACCUUCGCCAGUGAUGAGUGCGUGGAGACGAUAGAAAAGCAUUUAGACUUGCUCACCGCCCACCAUGCAGAAUUGCUACUGUCGCAUUUGGGCCAGGUGGUGGACUCCAAACGGGUGGAUAUGGACGAGGGCAUAACCAUUAAAGAAAUAAAGCAGGAGAAAGAGGACGACGACGGCGACGGCGAUCAGUCCAUGUCUAUCAGCGAAGAGGAUGAUGAUGACGAUGGGGAGUAUGCUAGUAUACUGAACAAGAUCCUGCGUCCCCUGUUCCAGAAAUGUAGCACACAGGAAAAGAUUCACUUGCUGGAACUACGCGACCGGCUCGGCGUGACAAACGUUUACAAAUUCGAGACACCUGAUCACCAGGAACGGCGCGUGCGCUUCUUCAAUCGUUUGGAAUUCCACAGGAAUUUUCCACUGGGCGAAUUCCUGAACCUGUGCUAUGAGAAUCCCGCACAGACAUGGCUCGAUCUCGCCCGUUUGGGAAUGACGCACCAGCGCUUUGCUGAGCUUUUCUGGCGAGUGGCCUGCCAUUGCGCCCUCCAUGCUGUCCACCACCUGGCCGGCUGUUCCAAGGAGCUGUUGGUAGACGAACAGCUGCUGCUGAAGCCGAACGCCUUGUCCUUUCUGCUCUCCAUGUACGGCCACCGGCAGAUUCUCAACGGUCUGCGUUCAAAGUCCCGAAAAUAUUGGGUUUGCCUGAGGGCCGGCACCUGUCCCUAUGACAUGGAGCAGCUGAAGGAGGCACAGGGCACCUUCCUAGAGGCUUGUGCCGACGGCUUGGAAAAGUUUAGCGAGCCCUUGAACUAUACCAUCCUGCAGUUCAUCCUGCGACUGCUUCUACAAAUUUCAGUGGCCGAAAAGCAGCUGCAGUUGAACGGCAACUGCCAGUUGGCGGGACUCCAGAAGGAUAAGGCGAAAUCAAAGGACAGUGGUGGUAAGGCACCGGUUGUCCAGGAGGCCAAGCACUAUCUGGACAUGCACGCCUUUCUGCCUGAAUGGCGUCAGGGAAACUGGCCACUAAUUUCCAAGCUGAUGGUCACCAUUGAUGCUUUGAGAUGGGAUCUCAACACAUUCGAGCAGGCUCGAGUGGAUGCUUUGGACAUGGCGGUGAAGUAUUGGAGCCGGAAUUUUCCGCAUCUGCAGAUGCUGGGCGUUGAAUUGCGACAGAAGGUUAUUCGGUUAGCUAGCCAGCUGAAACGGAUCGACUUUUGGGUGGCCAGGCUGGAUGAAGACGACUCCAGUUAUAAGCGGCGUGUCUUUAGUUUGCUGACACAAGCCAGUGGAGCGGAGGCCACCAACCUCUUUGCACAGAGCCUGCAAAAGGGCAUUGUGUUCGCGCUGUUCGACCUUCUAAGCCAUGCGGUUGUGCAGGCCAAGUGCGAGUCUGCCUUGGAAGCCUACAAGUUCCUUUUCCGCCGCUAUAUGGUCGCCUUUCGGAAUCAUUUCCUACACCGCAAACCGCGACCGGUGGGGAGGCGCACCUAUUCUAAGCACUUAAUGGACGUUGUGGCAAGGGCUCCGCUCUCGAUUCGCAACGACAUCAUGGCAGAAGCUCGUCUGGCUUUGUGUCCGCUCCUCCUAACGCUAUAAUCACAUACUCAACCAAAAUCAAAGUGUCGCCACCAGUCUAAUAUUUAGAUAAGUGUGAUGCGACCUUACACCGUAUGAAUACGUUUAUAACUUUCGUUUCCACAAAGAUUGAGUGUACAAUCUAACGAUUUCGAAAAACAGAACACAGUGAUUUAAUUUCAAGUUAUUUCGUAAAUAAUAACCUUAAAAAGAAAUCUAUGAUGAAUUAAGUUAAUUUAUAGUUUUCAAGGCCAUGAAAUCAAUUAUUAAUCAGGGAAAUGUUAAUAAAGUUAAUUUUCAUGACCAAA